AACAGACCAACGGUCAAUUUUAUAACGAACUUUGAGAUACUUAUCCAAUAACCAAUGCAAUGGAUAUUUUCUGUUAAAUAAAAAACAGAUAAACUAACUUUUUUUUUUCAUUCAAACUUCUGAUCCUACCAUUUCUCUCGCUCUUAUUUUCAAUCUUAUCUUACUAAAUUUGCAUUUUCCUUCAUUUUUGUUUUGUUAAGGUUCACACUAUGCAUAUAACUUGGAGGAAAUCAGCACCGUUAAACCGGCUGAUCAAACUCACUCUCUACCGGAGAUUUUCCAGCGGAUCGGACCGGUCUUUUUCAUCGUCAUCGUCAUCGUCGUCGUCGUCAUGUGGAGCCAAGGUUGAGGGUGGCCAUUGCAAGACAGAGUCUUGUUUUCUUGAUCAUGAAUCAUCUCCAGGGUUGUUGAGGUUGUUCUCAUCUGGGCUUUUUGUUGUUGGGUCGGGCUUGGGCCUCUGUUACUGGGCUGGUUCUUCGAGCAAUGGCGGGAUGGCCUUCGCCGAUGAAGGAGGAGUUGUUGAUGAGGAGUAUUCGGAGGUUCAGGAAGCUGCCCCUCAGAAGAAGCCUAUGUUUCUCUUCAAAGAUGAGUACAGGAAAAGAGUUUUCUUCAAUUAUGAGAAACGCAUUAGACUGCGAAGUCUACCAGAGAAGGUUUUCGAGUACUUUGCUUCUGCUCGAUCUGCAAGUGGGGAAUAUCUGAUGACACCAGGGGAUUUGAUGAGGGCAGUUGUUCCAGUGUUUCCUCCCUCCGAAUCCAACUAUGUUAGAGGGGGAUAUCUCAAGAGUGAAAAGUCACCUGGAGAGCUGCAAUGUGCUCCUUCAGAGUUUUUCAUGCUCUUUGAUACCAACAAUGAUGGCUUCAUAUCCUUUCCCGAGUACAUAUUUUUGGUUACCUUACUUAGCAUACCAGAAUCAAGCUUUUCUGUGGCUUUCAAAAUGUUUGACCUAGACCAUAAUGGAGAAAUAGACAAGCAGGAAUUCAAAAAGGUAAUGGAUUUGAUGCGAACAUACAACAGACAAGGAAGACAACAUAGUGAUGGCCGUCGUUUUGGGCUCAAAGUUUCAAGCAUUCCUGUUGAAAAUGGUGGCUUAAUUGAGUAUUUCUUUGGUAAAGAUGGAAAUCAAGCUCUUCACCAUGACAGAUUUGUUCAGUUUUUGAGAGAUCUUCAUCUUGAAAUUGUUAGGCUGGAGUUUGCUCAUUAUGACCACAAGUCGCGGGGGACUAUAUCUGCAAGAGACUUUGCAUUGUCGAUGGUGGCAUCUGCUGACUUGAACCAUACAACUAAGUUUCUUGAUCGAGUUGAUGAACUAAGCAAUGAUCCUCACCUAAAUAAUGUACGUUUCACAUUUGAGGAAUUCAAGGCAUUUGCUGAACUAAGGAAACGUUUACGCCCACUUUCUUUGGCAAUUUUUAGUCAUGGCAAAGCAAAUGAUGGACUCUUAACAAAGGACGAUUUUCAAAGGGCCGCUUCUCAUGUAUGUGGGAUUCAACUAACAAAGAAUGUGGUUGACAUAAUAUUUCACAUCUUCGAUCUGAACCGUGAUGGAAGUCUUAGCUCUGAUGAGUUUCUGAGAGUAUUGCAAAGACGAGAAAGAGAUGUUACGCUCCCUAGGGAAGCAGGAUUUAAGGGAUUAUAUUCUUGCUUGGUGGACUGUACUACUAAUGGCUCUUCUGUAAGUGUUAUGUAGUCUUUUUGUUAUUGUUAUUAGUUAUGGCCAAAGGAAAUUUGAUUAUGUUGCUGAUUUUUUUGUCCAGCACAAUAAUCUUAGAUAUAAUAUGUGGAUCGCGCAAAUUGCAGAUUUGUAUAGCACUUAUAAACCUGUUGAUAUAUGAUGCAACUAAAUAUAGUUGAUGCCUUUAAUUUGUUAUUCA